AUGGAUGAUAGUGCAUAUCGUGAAUACUAUUGGGCGAAUUAUGCGACAGGACUGGGUGCAUCUUUGCACGAACUCGGUCAUACAUUUGACCUUGCACACACAAAAACUGGAAUAAUGGCACGAGGUUUUGAUGACAUCCAUCGGGUUUUCACUGUGCAAAGGAAUCAAAAUACUAGUAAUGAACGUGAAUACAGAACUUGUAGCCGACAAAGUUCCCCACGAAUGCUUUCCCUUGUUGAUAUUGAAGGACUACCAAACGAAAGCCAUACACGACAAUACAGAGAUACGUGUUAUGGAAGCCCAUUUAGAAAGGUCAUUCCAAACGCCAUAAAUGGCAGCAUUAAUUUGGCGCGCUCCUCCCCCUCCUCUCCGCUAUUACUGCACAAAGUGGAAACUGAUUUCCGACAAGUUUCAGCGCAGACCUCUUUAACCAUGUGCGUGAAGAACUAUGAUGGGACUGAGACGCACCGGACGAUCAUGCAAGAUGAAGGACAAGAGACAGUUACAGAAGUAACUGUUUCUCAAGAUGGUGUACGAUUUAUUGGGGAAAGAGGAGACAUAUCUGUAUAUUACUUGAAAUGGAUAAACAAGGAAACAUGA